CUUGAAUUCACAUAUGGCGUCUAUACUUUCUUUCCGUUGGCCAAAACAAUAUGAUCAACUUGUCAUCCUUGAUAUUAUUCCCGGCGCAUUACCACGGAAGUGUCUCUGCAACAUUAACGAGAAUCAUUGUUCCGCGAGCUGGUCGCGAACUGCUCUCGGGUAACUGAGCAGAGCGUUGAUAUUAUUCUCGCCAUAUUUACGACAUAUUGUUAUCCACCAGCUCGGUCACUGAUAUUUUGAUACUUAAGAGAACCUCCUCUGCGUUUCCAUGUAUCAUUUCGUUUCUUCCAACAUACAUUUUCGCAAAUCUUCAACUGCAUCCACAGCAAUUCUGCUUUCUACCUCUUCGUUUUCUUUCUUGAUCGCCCGUCUAACCAUACAUUCCAACACAACAAAGCUUCUACGAGAAGAUGUCGUCUCCUACUACUACCUUCGACCUCAAAUCCCAGAGUGUGACCUUUCUCAUGAGAGAUGGAGUCACUCCAGUCGUCGUCCCCCUUCCCGAUAUCGAUGAUUGGUUCUACUACAAUACCGCCCUCUGCAUCAACUACGGCUCUCAAAUCGGUGCAUGUUUCGUUAUGCUGGUUGUCACUGCUGUCCUCACCAGGGAAUCGAAGCGUCGAACUCCAGUCUACAUACUCAAUCUCUUGUCACUUGUCCUCGGCUUCCUUCGCGCAUUCCUUCUCGCACUCUACUCCGUCAGUCCUUGGGCAGAGUUCUACGCCUACUUCGCCUUCGACUUCGGUGAUGUCCCGCGCUCAGCAUACGCAACUAGUGUCGCUGGAGCAGUCAUCCCUCUCCUCAUGACAAUCACGGUCAACAUGUCUCUCUUCCUCCAGGCUUACACUGUGUGCAAGGCUAUGCAGAAGAAAUGGGUCUGCUUGAUAUCAUUACUCUCCGGUCUCGUCUUCUUACUUGCGGUCGGUUUUCGCUUCGCUCAAGCUGUCACGAACUCCUUGGCAAUUGUAUCUGCUGGUCAAUACUUCCACCACGCCUGGAUUACAGUCGGAACCCUGGCAACCGAAACCAUCUCCAUCUGGUACUAUUCGAUCAUAUUCACCGGCAAGCUCUUAUGGACUGUUCAUGCUCGUAAGAACUUGGGAUUUCAGAAGUGGAGCUACAUCCAGAUCCUGGCUGCCAUGGGUGGGUGCACAAUGGUCAUACCUUCUGGUUUUGCUAUACUCGAGUACGCUUCGCCCGAUGACUUCCCAGAAGCCGGUACCCUGGCCUUGACGAUGGUCGCCCUCCUCCUCCCUCUCUCCUCUCUCUGGGCGUCGAUGAUCACAACCGAAGCCAGCUCGUCCUUUAAUAUCUCGCAACUUUGGGGUUCAAGAUCCUCUCAAGACACCUCAAGUCUGGAAAGAAAGACUUUCAAUAGUAUGUCGUCAUGUCCAUCCGCCUUCUCUACAGAGAGAAAGGGAAGCACGGCGCCAAUUGGUCCCGUAACUAUCGACACGGUUAUUGAGCAUGCGGACACUCGACGAGACAGCGCAGAAGUGGAUCUUGAAAUGAUUGGUGUCCGCGUUGAUCGCUCAUAUAGUGUCCAUAGUGGUGCCUAAUCAUCGAUUUAGGGGCUGAAAUGGAGGAUUGGGCUUGUGGCGGCAGGAAGGUUUUGGUAUCGGGUGCCGGAUGGAGCGAGGCUCGCUGAAUUAGGUGCAUUUGAGGCGGAUUGGGCUGUCGGAGAUGGCAUGGAAGAAGCAUAUAGAGGUAAUCAGUCAUUCUGCACAUAGUCUGUUUCUUUUUCUUCAGGUGAGAAUCCACCUUGGUCAUAGCAUAGCACAAAAUCAAUCGCUCAUGCAGACAUUUUUUUCUUUCGUUAACCGUCAAAUUGUGCAGUGGCUCUUGCAUUAGCCAGUCCACCUUACAUUCUAUCUAGGAAGGUGCGCACUUACCUCAGGUUUU